GGGAAAGCGGAGGCGGCUCCUACUCUCGCGAGAUCAGAAAUCGCUUAGCAACCACUGUAAACACUUUCUAAUAAAAUAAAUAUUUAUACCAGGAGCUGCGCAACGCUGAAGGGUAGUAAAUUAAUGACCUUUGACUGGACAUAAUGGAGCCUGCAGGAGAGGACUCUUUGGAGGAGUUCCAGAUGAUCCUCAAUGAGCUGCUCGGGGUCGAGGGCAUGGACAAAGUCAGGAUGGAGUACGAGAAGCUCAUCCAUGCUCUGAAGAAGUCCAGAGAGAACGAGAAGAGGCUAAUGUCCAAGUGCAGGGAGCUGAAAACAGAGAUUGCAUCCGCUUCAACCAAAGUUGCAGCUGCCUUGAAACUGUCCCAAGAAGACGAUACAACAAUAGCUUCACUAAAAAUGGAACUGGAUAAAGCUUGGAAAAUGGUUGAUGCUGCACAUGAUAAAGAGAAGAAUGACAGAGAGACCAUCAGGAGUUUAACAGAAGAAGUGACCAACCUGACUAAAACAGCUGAGCAGCAAACUGGCUUUUCAAUGGAUCAGAAACAGAAGGAUCUUCAAAUAAUGAAUGAUGAGUUGACAAAGGAGAGGGACAAAUUGCUGACAACUAUUGAGAGUCUGAGAGAAAACCUAAGCAAGACAACAACAACUUAUCAGGAGAUAGAGGCUCAAAGAGAUAGUAGCUUUGAGGCUAUAUCGCAGCUCCAGCAGGAAAUCCAGGUGCAACAAAAUGAGGUUUCCCGGGAAAUGCGGCUGAAGGAAAAGUUGGAAAAGGAGGUGAAGCAGCUGCAUAUUGAGAUGGAUUCCAAAAUGGGGGAAAUUAAAGCUCUGAAUGUGCAGGGCCAAAGGGCCAAAGAAGAGCAGCAGAGACUGGAGCAGCAACUGAAAGAGCUAAAGAUCUUGAAUGAACGAUCCACCAGGGAGCUCGAGCAAGUACAGGUGAAAAAAGUCAAGCUGCAGCAGGAGUGUGAACAGCUCUCAUCAGCCAAAGAACACCUGUCUUUGGAAAAUCAGCAGAUUGCAAAUGAGCUCAAGAUGAGAGAAGAGGAGGUGAGUCAGAUGCGCCAGGAGAUUGCUAAACAAGCAAAAAUGAGAGAAGUCACUCAGAAGAAGCUUCACCAGAUGGAGGAGCAGAAAGCUGAUGUGGACGUGCAGAGGGAAACACUGAAAGCUCAGAUCACCGCUCUGGAAAAAGAUCUUGAAUCUUCUCAAAAGCAAAUUGAAGCUGACAAGAAAGCCAUAGAGGAGCUGAUCCGUGAGAGAGAUAUCUUGAGCAAGAACAUGAUCAAAGCUACACAGUCAACUGAGAAACAGCAGAACAUUGUGAAGCUCCUCGAACAGGACAAGAAGACCUUGGAACAUGAGAUCAGUGGUUACUGCCAGGAAGCCCAGAAGCAGCGUAAGAUCAUCCAACAGCUGGAGAAAGAACGCGACCGCUACAUCAAUGAGACCAGCAGCCUUAUGCAAAAGGUGCAACAAAGAAUUAGCGAUGUCGAAGUAAAAGAGGUGGAGAUAUUUGACUGGAGGAAGAAGGUCACAGAGGCAGAGUGUAAGCUUAAACAGCGUGAGAACCUGCUAGAGUCCGUGGUAGCUGAGAGGAACCUGUACAGCAAAAACCUCAUCGAGGCUCAGGAAGACAUUGCAGAGAUGAAGAGGAAGAUGAAGACCAUGAACAACCAGGUCACUCGGCUGAGAGAUGAGAUAACAGGGAAGGAGCAGGCACUUGCCAAGGAUCAGCAGGAGUACAAACGUCUGGAGAAAGAUAAUGAAGCUCUGAAGGGUGAGCUGCAGGGAAACAAGCAGCAGCUAGAAGAAGCAAAGCAGCGCAUUGACAGUCAAAAGGCAGAACAGCAAAAACUGCAGAAGAUUAUAGCUGAUGCUGAUGCUGAGCAAAUACAACAGAGGAAACAACUGGAACAGGUCGUCAGAGAGCGGGACAACCUGGGAAAACAGCUGCUGCGAUGCAACGACGAGCGUGCACUGCUGUAUGAGAAGAUCAGGCUUCAGCAGUCGAUUCUGAGUAAGGGGGACUUCCACUACAACCAGCAGGUAGAAGACAUCCGCCUGCUCAAACUGGAGCUCAAAAGGCAUCGGCGUGAGAAGAGUAUCCUUGAUAAGACUGUUCCCAACACAGAGGAACUAAGACAGGAACUGUUCCACCUCCAGAGGGAGCUACUCAGAGAAAGGAUGAGAAACAGUGUCCUAGAGGAACAACUGAAACCCAUAAACAUUCACCGAUGGAGACGGCUGGAGGGCAGUGACCCUGGCAAAUAUGAACUCAUUCAGAAGGUUCAGUCUUUACAGAAGCGUCUCAUCGCCAAAACCCAGGAGGUGGAGGAACAUGAACUCCUGUUACAGGAAAAGGAGAAGUUGUACGUGGAGCUGAAGCACAUUCUGGUCCGACAACCUGGUCCAGAGGCAGCUGAGCAGCUCCAGCAAUGCCGAUGGACCAUCAGAGAGAAAAACAAAAAGCUCCAGGGUUUGAAAGCAGAGCUGAGGAUGAUUGAUUCUAAGAUGAACGAAUACAAAAGCGAAAAUCAAAGACUAGACAAGGAACUAGCAAAAGUCAAGAAGAUGUACCUGAGUCAGAAAAAGCUCUUCAGCGAGCAGAGGACCAACACCAGCGUGGAGCAGCUAGAACCCCUUCCCCAGCUGAGCAGCAAACCUCACUUCACAGGAGGGGGCUUCAGAAUCGACAACCCUUUGAAAAGAUAGGGGUCACUCUUUAUGAUUCUUCAUACUACAUUGUUACAAAACUAUUGUAUGUAUUAAACAUGCACCAUGUAUCACUUUCCAACAUGAUAUCAACCCUAACCUUAAGCCUUCUGCUGAAAUAAACUGUGACAAUGUGUGUUAACACAGUAUGUUUUUAUUAUUAAUACUUAAUUAACACUUAUUAACACUGUCCUUUAUGAACAUAGUUUUAAACAAAGGCUGUUCCACAAAUGCCUGACAACUUCUAUAUUUACUACAUUUAUGAUAUGUCAUAAAGAAACUUUACUCUUUGGACUAAUCAGAUUUUAGAUAUGUCUAAAUCCAAAUAAUUCAACAGCACAGUGGUGCAGUGGUUAGCACUGUUGCCUCACAGUGAGAAGGGCCUGGCUUUGAUUCCUGGCGCGGACGGGUGUCUUUCUGUGUGGAGUUUUGGAGUUUUACACAGAGUCCUUCAUAUCGUUCUGGUGCUUGUGAAGUAAUUCCCUUGCUUGUGCAGUAACGUUACACUGUAACCAUGACAACCAGAGUCAGUGCAGAGCUGGGCUUUGUGAGCUGUGUUGCCGUAGUAAUGGGAGGCCUCUGACAGCCCAGAUCUCCUUUCUUCUUUUCCUUCCACUCAUUGUGUGGGGAAGAAGCAGCUGCUUAAUGAAGUUAGUGUUAGCUCUAAGUUGUGUUUCACACUAACCAUGGAAAACAUGUACGUGGGCCUUGUGCUCUUCCACUGUGUCCUGACGUCAUGUGUUCAGUGAUUCAGUGUUUGUCUUUGCCAGUUUCUAUAAUAAUGGGAUCUAUUUUGGGAAGAUGGAGACUUCUCCACUAAUAGGUUUCAUUUGCUGAUCACCUGCCUGGAGGAAAAAGUCAUUAUUUUGUACUGAUAAAGUUAAAGUUAAAGAAGUUGGGCUGUAGGAAAUACAUCAUUAUACUAUUUAAGCUAGGUUCACUACAACAUUAAGUUGACUUUGCUGAAACAUGUGCUCCAGCUUGUUUUCUUCCUCCAGACCAUCAGGCCGUGAAGAGUUUAAUCUGUCAAAUCUGCUCAUAUGUGAGAGCUGGAUGUUCCAGGCUCCAGAGAUAUACAGUACUAUCUGGGUGUGAGAGUAAAGCCACAUUAAGUGCUGCGUGAGUGCGUGUGUUUACACUCAUAAAGCUGAGCUGAGGCUUUUAGAUAAACCGUGAGCACCGACUGAAACCAGAUUAUGUUUUAUGCACUGUGAUGAAGUGAUGGCCAUUACACAUAUUUAGUGUUUUUUUAUUUUAAAAUAUGUUUUUAUUUUACUCUUUAAUGUGUGUACGUUGUCUAGCGUUCUCUCAUUCUCAACAUGAUGUUUUUAAAAUAGAUGUUAUGUUUUAAGAUCACUUAAUAUUACAUUUCUUACGGUAGUUUCUGACAUGUUUGCUCUAGUCCUGCGCCCUCAAUGCCGUUCUUUUACAGGUUUCUGUAAGAGGGUAGAAGCUACACACAUACAUUGUGCUACCUCGCUGCAUCUCCUUCCCCCAGAUCUCCUGCUCCUCCUCCUCCUCUCAUGAAUAUCAGGGAAUUAAUGUGUGCUGAGAGGGAGGAGGCAGAGACAAAGAGAAAACGUGGAUAGUGAGCAAAGAAAGGAGGAAGCAGAGAGGAAG